AUGACUUCAUCGUCACCAACUCGCUCAACUUUUUCUGGACUUUCGGAAGGUUGUUUGAGUGAAGCAGGUUCCAGUGGAAUACAGAAUCGGAGUAGCGCAGAAGAAUCACAAGAAGAUUGUCCAAAAUGCACGGCGAUGAGAUUGAAUACUAUUAUUGCUGAGGAAGCUUUAGCUUCCUUAAGCGGGCAAUUUAAAAAUCUUCAGAAAGAACUAAAAAAAACAGAACAGGUAUCCAAAAUAAAUGAAGAACAAGCUAAAUAUAUUGAUGAAAGGCGUUCAAAACUAGAAAGGUUGGAAGCAGAACACACAUCACUGUAUGCAGAGUAUGAGAAUUUGCGGAUCAGUCAUGACAGUCUAAAGAGACAGUAUGAUGAAGUGGUUACCACAGCGCGGAGGAAUCAGCGUUUAAUCGAAGAAUCAGUGAAGUAUCAUGAAACUUGCAAAGUUGCUAUGGAGAAUCUCAUGGCUGAAAAGGAAGCGCGUCAAGAGCUGCUUGCAAAGUAUCUAAAAAGUGUGGAAGCCGCGUCGAAAAUAAAUGAUUCAAUGAAACAACUGGAAAAGAAAUGUAUGCAACUACAAGCAGUGAAUGAAAAGUUAGAGCCGUUCAAAUCUCAUUGUCCAGCAAUGCUUCGGCUUCUUCUCGAAUUUGGUGAAAUUAUUGAAAAUAAUGGUUUAAUGACAAAACCACUGCAAAAACGUCUUGCGCGAUAUAAAGAUAAAGAUGAUUUGCGUGAAUAUUUGCUUAGAAAAACGAGAAAAUUGACAAACUUAAGUGAAUCUAGUACAAGAACGAUCGAAGAAAGUAGUGAUGAUGAUGAAUUAGCAAAGAGCGUGGAAAAUUUGUUGCUGACAAUUGGUAGUCCACCUCGUCUGAGACCGUCAAAGAAAUCAGUAACUACUAAGGAAGAAAUGAGGAAUAUUGAAAAAAGUAAUGAUCAUUCGACAAACUUAGUGGAAGAAGUAUUAAAUAUUAAAGCGGUUGAAAAAGAGGAUUUUUUAAGAAAGCAGUUAGAAAGUAUGGAAGCUCUUCAUGUUUCCGUUCCGAAGAUUCAGCCUAAUUCAAAUGCACAUAUGGAAAAGACGCAAGCAUGCAAAAGGCAGUUGGAGUUAGCUAAAAAACAGAAAAAAGAAACAUUAUGUACAAAUAUGGAAGAGAAAAAAGUCAUACUUGACGAUUUUACAAACGCAUGUACCCCAAGCACUUCAUCUUCAACAAAGACAAAUAAAGAACUGACUAAAAAAGAUGUGCAACGAGGUGAAAAUGGGUUGCAGAAGAAUAUUCUCCAAAAAAUAUAUGAGAAUAACUCAAAAUCAGCUAAGGAAAAAGAGAGCAGAAAUACAUCAGUGGACAUUUCGGAUCGAACUAAUGAAAAAAAACAAGUCUGUAAAGGUAGUGAACGGCUUUCUAUAUGGCUUAGCUUUGCGCAUUUGGAUCCUUUGCUUCCAGAACUAAGCAGACCAAUACAACACGGUUUGGAUGAUUGUGUGGAUAAUCUCUUUGGACCAUUGUCUUCUAGUAUAUCAAGCAGACGAACAUCAACAAGCUCAGUUGAAGAUUGCGUAAUUCCGAAAGAUAAGACGGAGUCGAGGUCCGAAAUAACCAGCGCAGCUGAUGCAAUGUUGACAGCAGAAGUUAAACCUUUAUUACUGUCUCCUGUCCCUGGAAGUCCUACAUAUUCUUCUAUAACAGCUAGCACGGUACUCGCAUCUGGAGCGUUUGAAGAUUCUAAUUCAUUGUGCUGUGCACUUUCCUCUACUAUGGAAAUUGCUGCGAAUAUCCAUGAUGAACAAACCGAUAGUGAAUCCAUGCAAGAUUUCAAAAUCUCAGGUGACAUCAAGAAAACACUCUCUGUGGAAGCGCAUGCAUCAACAGUUAUACAAACGUCAACGCCUACUAUUACUACUGUUGUUUCUAAAUGUGUUGUGCCGUUGAGGCUACAAACAAAACUCAAUGAAGCGCAGACAAAAAAUGAAGACAAACAUUUAGGAAUUAUAGAUGGCUCUUCGAAAUUGCCAACAGUAAUUACCACAAAAUGUAUUGAUAUUGAAAAAGACAAACUAGAGGAAAAUCAAGAUUCCAUGACGCAGUGGUUAGGAAGCGAGAAAAUGACCUCAGAAAGAGCAGUAUCUAGUAGAAAAAGGUAUUUAGAAGAGGAACAAAAUCUUAUAAGACUACCAGAAGAUAGGAUUAAAAGUGCUCUAGAAAUGCUUAGGGAUAAAAGUGCUGAAUUAAAAACUAUCCAAAAUGACCAAAAGUUCGAGGAAUACAUCGAUAAUCCUGUUUUACAAAAACGAUUAUUACGACGUUCAUCGAGAAGGAAACAAGUAAUUGAUUUUUCAUCUUCCAAAGAGAGCCAAGAAUUGAUGACUGACGAUAAGAAAUUUACCAAUGUUCAAAAUGACAUGGGAACAAAAAUUGUGUUGACGCAGCAGGAAAGUGCGAAUGCAAAGUCGGGCGAAGUUACAGGAAAUCGGACUAUAAAUGAUGACAACAUAGCAGCGCAGAGAGUGUCGGGAAAAGAAGUUUCGAAUUUGAUAGUAUCAUGGAAGAGGUCAGGUGAAUGGAAGUCGUCAAAAGAUUGGGAUAAUUUGACGAAACACGAAAUUUCAAGCACUAUAAAGUUAGAAAAUCAAUUUACGAAGGAAAAACAAAAUAGCAUUCGGUCAAUAACAACGCAGGUACAGCGAGAAGUAGAAUCGGAAAAUUCUGAAAUUGUUGUCGAAUCUUUGUCAAAGAGUGCUGAGAUUGAAAAAUCCGAAAAAUUAGGCGUGACACGGAGUAAUAAACAGAUGGCAAGUAAAGCAAGAAAGCGUAAAUUGGUUGAAGAAAGAGUUAGUAACGCAGAUGAUAAGUGGGAAGAUGCGAAUCAAAUUACGACAUCUUCGCAAAAAUCAAAAAUGUCUGAAGUUGAUUAUGGAAAAGAGCCAGUGAUUGAGGAGAGUGAGAAUGUGAAUAAGUCUAUGACGUCAACUAUCGAAGCACUCGGUCAGUUGGCAAAAUAUAUUUUUUCAUGUGGUUUUGCUUAUUAUUGUUGUUUUGUAUUCCUUUGGAGAAUGGAAGUAAGCAAUCUUCAUAAUGGUGAAGACAAUCGAUUAGAAAUUGUUGCGGAUGAUGUUGGAGUUUCAUCUAUCAAAAUGGAAAAUGCAUUAGGCGAAAUUCAUUUUUCGAAUAAUUGCAUUGGAUCAGAGAAAACUAAGACGACAAAACUAACGGCCAAGAAAUCGAUCAGUACAGUGAGGUCGGAAAUGUACAAAAAGAUGCGCAAAAGGCUUACAAUGCAAACAUCAUGUAUGAAGGAACUUGGAAGAGUUCAAGUGCGUAAACCUAUGGAAAAUAAGGUGAUUUCGACAUUAUCAACGCCGAAAAAAAUAGAACGGCCGAACAUUGCACAACGAAAAAGGGCAGCAAUAAUGCUUCCUGUCGGAGGAGAUGAAUUGAAGAAAGCUAAAAAUGUAGCUACGAUUCGAUGUGACAAAGUACGGAUGGGCACAUCCUCGGCAAAAAUUUUAGUUGGAAGUGAUGAAGCUGCUGUGAUGUGUUUGUUUGAUCAGGCACUCUCAGAAAAUAACUAUAAUGAUAAGUUACUUGAAGUAGUUCAGAAGUUCCAGACACCAGCUAUUUCAGCAAUAUCUUGCGAGAAGUUAGCUGAAUGUUGUGUUAAGUUUAUAAACAAACUUGAUGUUGGCAAUAUGUGGCACAGUGUGGUGCUUGCAGUUCGUUAUUGGUCGGGUAAACAAAGUGAUCGGUGUACAGAUGGUAAAGUCCUGGAACUUCAUCAAGUAGCAUCGUCAAAAGAGCGGAAUUUCAUCGAAGUAUUGCAUCAGCUGAGUGGUGAAGAGCACUGGAGUGAUAUUAUUUCGUUCUUUCUUUGGAAGAUGAUAACAUUAAUGUUAAAAACGCGUCCUGCAUCCGUUGCACAGCACGGUCUUAAUAUUCGAUGUGUUCUCUUGUGUACUCGAAUAUUGCUACAAGAUGGCACGAACAAUGAAGUGUUGAGGAAGGUGACAAACUUGUUGCAACGCUUAAUAGAACGGGAUUCAUCUGACAGAGUUGUACCGAUGAUAUGCUAUUCGGUUGCAAUUGUUCCCGAAAUUAUUGAUAAACUACUUCUUGAAAAAAAUGAGCAAUAUGAGCCCGUGCGUCGCGUGAUGUCUGUACAUCUUGCAUCAAGAGAAGAGCUUUUAACGAUAUUCAGUAAGGUGAUUAUGUCACGUCUUCUCAAAAAUAGCUCAUGUAGUGACACAUGUCUGCAAAAACUUAAUGCUGAUACUUUUCAACGUUGGUUUGCUGAAUCUAUCAAUACUGCAGUAAUGGACAUACGUGGCUUGGAUUUAGAAGCUAUGGAGUUGAGUCCCAGAAUUUCAUCAGCAGUAAUGACAUGUUAUGCAUUGUUCAGUCUAGCUACAAAUCGUUUAGUCCCUGAUAAGGAGGCUGUAGUAUUUCCAGUGCUAAAUGAAUGUAUCCAGAUAAUAUCAGCUCAUUUUCAAAAUGAAAAAGAGAUGACUUUAUUUGAGGGAAGGAAUGAAAUGUUUGCGGAUUCAGUGGAACCGCAUUCGCUAUCGGGUGAUAUGCUUGUGAAGACGAUGUUACGCCUUUUACUUUUUGGACGCCUGAUAACAUCAUUUGCCAAAAGUGCGGAGUGCUGCGUAUUUCCACGAAUAGCAAAUUUGGUUGAAGAAAUUCACAAAUUACGAGAGUUUACAAGGCGAAAAUUGGAACAGGGUGAAAGAACUGCUGAAAAUCGUUUACUUCAUUUUGGUUUAAAUGACUGGCUUCGAGUGGUAAAACCCUGGACGAACUAUUCACUUUAUCAAAUGUUACGGAGGAAGUCAUUCCGUAAUAGUGAAAGCACCACCAAUGCUAAAAGCAAAAAGUGUACGCUUGGGCGUUCAUAUUGGCUUGUUAAUAGUUCACCCGGGUGCCAAUUGUUGAUGGAAGAAAAACUACACGUAAAGAAACGCAACGCGUCAGGAAUUGUCCCAUGGGAGCCUUAUAAGGCAGCAAUAUCGGCCUAUGAAAGAGGAAGCCGUCCUGGUGUUCUUCCACCUUUAAUCAAGUAUCAAUUUGUGAAACCGGAUUCUGUUGGGUCGAAAAAUAAAGCUGAAUUAGAAACUACUGAGGGACAGUUCUCAGAAAGCGUGGAUUCUGGAAAGGUGGAAAUUUAUGAGUUGUCGAGAAUACGCCCAAUUGGUGACGGAAAAGAAUCUUCACCGUUAAGUGGGAAUGUUGAAAUUGAAAAAGAAGAAAAUACUGAUAAUUCAAAGGAACUUAGAAGGCUAAAGAAAGAUCUCGAGUUAGAAAGACAAUUAACACAAGAAUUAAAGCGUAUACUUGUUGCUACGAUGGGUGAUGAUUUGACAUGUCAUGUGAAGUCGCUUAGCGAAGAUAAAGUUCGUCUUGCUCAUAAGAUGACGAAGUUUGAAGCGCAGAUAUCGCAUGAUCAUGAUAGAGCUGAAGAUUUGGCAAUAUUAGCUGAUAUGUGGCGUUGUAAAUUCUUGGCGAUGAGUAUUCGAGCGGAUGAAAUGCGUAAUCAACGAUCUCGUCUGUUUUCUUAUUGCAAGCAGAUUCAAGCAUUGCUUAACAAAUUUCUUGUUAUAAACCAGGAUCAGAUACAAAAAAAGCUCACGUCUCCGGUUUUAGAAGCAUUGAUAAAAGAAGCUCGUGCAAUACUAGAAAUUGAUUUGUCGACAUUUUUUGAACGUUCACCAUGUGAUGAGAAAAUUUAUAAGCCGGUUUCACAUACAUUUGUCGUAACAUUAUCGAUGGCCGCGCCAACAGAACGAUUUCAUGUACUUUCACAGCUUGAUCAUUUGCAAUCAAAGUAUACAGGUACAGGACAUGCCGAUACAACGAGAUGGGAAUGGCUUGUCAAUCAGCAUCGUGACACGUAUGCAUCGAUGAUUGGCCACCCAGAUCAUCUAAGUUUGAUAGCAGUAUGCGAAAAUGAAUCGCGAGCUAGGAUUCGGUUCAGUCUGUUGAAUCAGAUGAUUGCGCCUUGCGGGCCGCCACCUGAAAAGUCUGCACUUGAUGAAUAA